GUAAAGAACCCGUCCACUCCAACCCGAACCAUUCCUUCCUCAUCGAUCCGGCCAAAAGCGAAGCAAAGCAAGAGCAUAUUGCUCCAUCGGUCUCGCCAAAAGAGCUGUGGAACUGGGGAUCGAGGGGCACAAGCACAGCACAAAGAAAGCUAGCCGAUCGCAUCACGCAGGGCUCCCUUUUUCUCGCUCAAAAGAAUAGAUAACUCUCAUAGCCACACUUGGAAUUGGAUCACUACUACCCACCAUUCACAUAGCCUGGCAUCCUAGCUAUAGCUUGCUGGCUAGCCUCUUCCUCCUCCUACCCUUCCCAGUUCUCACUGCGCUGCCAUUAAAACCCCCCUUGCUUGUUACCACGGCGACCUUGAGCAUGCACACGCCUUAUGUUGCCUCCUCGCCGUAGUGGCAGCUUACAUGGAUACGUUGUUUAGGUUGGUUAGCCUCCAAGCCUCUGAGCAGCAGCAGUCGGCUUCAUACAACUCGAGGAGCACCACGUCGAGCGGCUCGAGGUCGUCGUCGCACCAGACCAACGCCUCCUACAACUACUACUACCACAGCAACAGCGGCGGCGGCGGCGGCGGGCCGUACUACUACGGCCAGCACCACCACCAGCAGUACUACCUGGAGCCGUACCAAGAAGAAUGCGGCAACGCCCACCACCUUUACAUGGAUGAUGACUUCUCUUCCUCGUCUUCGUCGAGGCAGCACUUCCAGUCGCACGGCGCGACGGUGCAGCCCCCGACGUCGUCCACGCCCACGCCCACGGCCCCGACACCCCCGCUGUCCACAUCGUCCACGGCCGCGGGGGCGGCUCACGCGCUGUUCGAGGCGGCCGACCUGUCGUUCCCGCCGGACCUCAGCCUCGACUUCUCGUCCCCGGCGUCGUCGGCGGCGGUGGGGGGAGGAGGCGGGGGGAGAUGGGCGAGUCAGCUGCUGCUGGAGUGCGCGCGAGCGGUGGCCGCGCGCGACAGCCAGCGCGUGCAGCAGCUGAUGUGGAUGCUCAACGAGCUGGCGUCGCCGUAUGGCGACGUGGAGCAGAAGCUGGCGUCCUACUUCCUGCAGGGGCUCUUCGCGCGGCUCACGGCGUCCGGGCCGCGGACGCUGCGCACGCUCGCGGCGGCGUCCGACCGGAACACGUCGUUCGACUCGACGCGGCGCACGGCGCUGCGGUUCCAGGAGCUUAGCCCGUGGUCGUCAUUCGGGCACGUGGCCGCCAACGGGGCCAUCCUGGAGUCAUUCCUGGAGGCCGCCGCGGCGUCGUCGGAGACGCAGAGGUUCCAAAUCCUCGAUCUGAGCAACACGUUCUGCACGCAGUGGCCCACGCUGCUCGAGGCGCUGGCGACGCGGUCCGCCGACGACACGCCACACCUGUCGAUCACCACCGUGGUUUCCGCCGCGCCGUCCACGCCGACAGCCGCCGUGGAGCGCGUGAUGCGGGAGAUCGGGCAGAGGAUGGAGAAGUUCGCGCGGCUGAUGGGCGUGCCCUUCAGCUUCCGCGCCGUGCACCACGCCGGGGACCUCGCGGAGCUCGACCUCGACGCGCUGGACCUGCGCGACGGCGGCUCCACCACCGCUCUCGCCGUCAACUGUGUCAACUCGCUGCGAGGCGUUGUUCCGGGCGGUGCUCACCGGAGAGACGCGUUCGCAGCGUCCCUCCGCCGUCUCGACCCGCGGGUCGUCACCGUCGUCGAGGAGGAGGCCGAUCUCGUGGCUUCCAACCUUGACGCAUCCGAGGAAGGCGGCGACACGGAGGCAGCAUUCUUGAAGGUGUUCGGAGAGGGCUUGCGGUUCUUCUCGGCCUACAUGGAUUCCCUUGAAGAGAGCUUCCCGAAGACUAGCAACGAAAGGCUGGCAUUGGAGAGGAGAGCGGGACGUGCCAUUGUCGACUUGGUCUCCUGCCCGGCGUCGGAGUCCAUAGAGCGACGGGAGACGGCGGCGUCAUGGGCGCGCCGCAUGCAGUCGGCCGGGUUCUCUCCGGUGGCAUUCAGCGAGGACGUUGCCGACGACGUGCGGUCGCUGCUGCGCCGGUACCGAGAGGGCUGGUCGAUGCGCGAGACAGGCUUAGACGACUCGACGGCCGGAGCAGGCGUCUUCCUCGCGUGGAAGGAGCAGCCUCUCGUGUGGGCAAGCGCGUGGAGGCCAUGAAAGAGAUCGAUCGAGCUCAUCGACGCAAAUGCAAGCUCGGUGAGUACGUGAAACAGCAGGAGCCAAGGAGAAGAAAGGCGGAAGAUCGCCAUGCCCAGCCACGUUGAUGCAUCCAUGCAUCAGAUCGCACGCACGUGUGCAUGUGUAUGGCUAGUUCUCUCCUCUUCUUGCUCCUCUUGAAAUUUGAAUGGCUCGCGCAUGUAGGGUUUUGAAGAAGCGUAAGCGUAGGGAGCUAAAGAAUUGCUAAACGUAAGAACGUACUUACACAUUGGUUGCAGCGAUGUGAUCGAGGAGGAGUGAUCAUAGUUUUAGGUUUUUAGACUUGCAUCUAUUUCAAUUAAUCAUCGAUCGUCACAAGUUCUUGGCGUGAUGAUUUUGAUUUGCUUCCUUCCUUUUUCAUCCCUCUGUGUUUCUUCUUGUAAGGUUAACAAAUUUCUUCCUUUUGGAGGGAUUUACGUGCAUGGUUUUGUCA